AUGCGCGUGUGCUCGCAGGAGGCGGAGCCCGGCGGCUGCGGGUCGUUCAAGCCGGGGCCCAAGGGCCUCAAAUGGAUCGCCCUAGUCCGCUUCAACGACCCGCCCUGCGAGCCGCAGCUGCAGGCGCUCGACGCCCAAAGGGCCGGCGCCGCCGCGGUGAUCGCCUAUGGCAGCAACAGGCUGGCUCAGGAUGUGAUCAUCCGCCUGGAGCUGCGAGAACAAUUAGAAAACCCCAAGAUUCCGGUGGUCAACAUCAGCUAUAAAAGCGGCCUGCAGCUGCUGCGCGCGCUCGCGUCCCUCGGGCCGCGGGAGGCGGCGCGGACGGAGGCGCUUGUGGCGGGGACGUACGUCACCGUGCGCGUGCCAUUCAUGGGCGUCGCGCCGCGGCUGGCGCCGCACAGGAAGACGGUUGUGCUCUCCGGCAGCAACGAGGAGAUCGUAUCGGCUCUCCGCGCCGCCGUCGCCAGCCUGCGCCCCGGCGAUGCGCUCCAGUUCGCGCCCGACGGUGGCGUGCUGACCGUGCCGUCCUCCGCGACGCCCGGCGUUAUAAUCCAAGAUAUUACGUUUACCCAGUGCCACGGCUACCCCGUCGCCGCCGAGCGCGCCGGCAGCAACGCCCCGUCCGCGCGGGGCGCGGCCGGCGCCGCGGCCGGCGCCAACGCCGGCGGCGGCUCGAACGACGCGCCCGCCUACCCGCGGGACAACCCGGUGCAGCUGCGGCGCGUCACGUUUGUCGACACAGACGCGUCGGUUCUGGUGGCCGAGGGGUCGUCGGUCGCCCUCUUCAACUGCCGGCUGGAGCGGGCGACUAUGUUUUCCAAUGGGGACCCGACGAUCUCGGCUGUGUUCUGCCAGGCGGGGACGAGCCUGUUCCUGGCGGACACCGACUUUGUAGGCAACCCCGGGGCCAGCAUCUAUUCAGAUGCCCAGGAGCUGUCGGCAGUUCGCACGCGCUUCAUCAACACGACGAUGGGGCCCGUGGUCGCUGUCGGGUUCCGCCCCGCGACCGCGGCGUGGUUCUCAUCCCUGAGCCUGCCGGCCCCCGCCGCGUUCCACUCCCACGCCACCUUCCGCGCGUGCGACUGGGUCGGCACCCGCGCCGGCGGCACGCUGCUGCUCCAAAACUCCGUAAUGGCUGACGUGGCGGGCUGCUCCUUCGUCGACAACGCCGCGCAAGUGGGCGGCGGGAUCAUGGUCCAGGGCGGGUGGCUGCGCUCGGUUUCGAACACGACGUUCGAAAGCAACAGGGCCGCUUUUGGGGGCGCAGUAUUUGUGGACGCGAGGAGCUGCACGGACUACCUGCGGUUCAGCGGGCCGCCGUGCGAUAUGGUGCUCGACGGGGUGCGCAUGGUCAACAACACCGCGACCGCGGACGGCGGCGGGGUGUACCUCUGGCGGGGCCCUGGCACCCGUUUCAACUUCACUAACAGCGAGCUCACGGGCAACGUCGCCUUGGGACUGCCGGGGAAGGAUGAUCUGCCGUCCAUUUGGUUCAAAUGGAUGCAGACGGACCGCCCCCUGUGCGCCGAGAGCCGCGCGUCGCAGCCGGUCGGGUACGGCGGCGCCGUCUUCGCGCACUUCGCACUCCAAGGCGGCGCCUUCCUUCGGGGCCUCCGCGCGGCACGCAACCGCGCCGCCCGCGGCGGCGGCGCGCUGUUUGCGUGCUCGCACGCGGCGGGGCCGGCGGGGUUUAGCAAGCUGGAGGUGACUAACUCGUCGCUUGAUGGGAACUGGGCGGGCGGGCCCGCCGGGCCCGGCGGCGCGGCCGCGGCGGCGACGGAGGGCGGGGCGGUGCAGCUGAUGGGAAGGUUCCUGGAAGCUGUCAUCGACAGGGUGGGUGGCGCAGGGCGGGGCCGCAGCGCCGGCCGCGGCGGCGCGGUCAGCUGGGCCGUCGACCGCGGCGCCCUCGGGGUGUCCACGGCAGCUGCCCUGAAGCUUCUCACAGGGCCGUCCCGGAGGGGCGCCAACGGCACGGCCAUUGACGGCAACGCUACGAGCGCUUCAGACGGGUGGCCGACGGCCGGUUGGGGCCGGGUGUUCGCCCGCCGCGCCGCGCUCGCGGCCGCAUCGCCCGUGGCGGCUGCCAGCCGCUUCGAGCGAAACAGCGCAGCGUCCGGCGACGGCGGCGCGCUUGCGCUGUCGGGCAGCGGCUCGGCGUUCCUGCUCGUCGGCGCGCGCCUGGCGGGCAACUCAGCCGCGGCCGGCGGCGGCGCCGCGAGCUGCUUCUCCGCCGGCGGCGCCCUGCUGGUUGCGGGCGGAUCCGUGGCCAAUAACACCGCCGGCGCGGCCGCCGGCGGCGGCGUGCUGGCCGGCGGCGCGGGGCUGAACGCGACGGCGGCGGGCGCGAGUUUUGAGGGCAACCGCGUCGGCGGCGCCGGGUCCGCAGGCGGCGGGCUCUGCUGCCAUGCGUGCGGCGACGUGAGAUUGGAAAACAGCACGUUCGAAUCCAACGCCGCCCGCGCCUAUGGCGGCGGUGCUGCAAUCCUGCGCGCCACCGGCCGCGUCUGGGUCGACGGCUGCGCCUUCCGCCGCAACGCCGCGCUGCCCUCGGGCGCGCUGCUGGCCCCAGGUCCAAAGCCAGGGCAGCGCGCGGCCCCGCGCCGCGCGCGCGCGCGGUCGCUGCUGCAGCCAGCGGCGCCCCUCGCCCCCGCCUCCCCUGUGUCAAGCGACCUGCCCAUCUUGCCGAUGCGGGUUGGCAACGGCGGCGGCGCGGCGGCGCCGGUCGACCCGGCGUCACUAGUGACGUCGGCGGUGGCCAUCGACCCGGCGAACGUCACUAGUGACGACCUGCAGUACCCGGGCGGCGGCGGGCUGUACGUUUCGGCGGAUGGCACCGUGAUGGUGCGGGGAUCCACCUUCACCGACAACGCUGGCGCCAACGGCGGAUGCGGGCAGUCGUGA